GAGCAAAGUUGGUAGAACGGCUUAACUAAGGAAAGUGAAGGCAGCCACACUUUAUGAGAGAAAAAGUGGAUAGUAACUGGGUGGAACCCUGCCAGCCGCAUAAAUACCCCCACUCUUAACAUCAGGUCGCUUCCCCACCCUGCUUGUCCCAGCUAUUGAAACAUCCAUUUAAUCUUCAAAAAUUCCCUCGAGAAUUUGACUAACUUCCCUACUCAACGAGGAAAAAUUAGAGACCCAUGAAAAUAGAAUUAUGAAAGAUAAUUAUGAAAACUCUUAUUGUGUAUCUACUAAUAAGCCUACAUUCGAGGAUAGGUGUACUCUCCUCCCCUACGCUCAAAGCUUUUGGUGGGGAUGCCGCCUUUGUGAACAUUUUCCUAACCUAGUUAGAAUUUUUCCAGUCACUCUGUUCAGGACUGUCCUUCAAGUCCCUUAGCUAGAUGAUGUAUGAAAAAACUUGUGGGUUCUCAAGAAUAUGAAGGAAGACAGUGGGGUAUAUAAAAUGCCUACUGUUAGUACAGUUAAUGAAACAAACAACAGAAGUGAAAUUCCUUCCCUUUGGAAAAGACCCAUUUUCCAAAAGGGCAUGUCUGUAUUCCCAGUUUGAGGAGUGUAGUUAUAUGUACCACCUCAAGUUUUAAAAAUCCAUUUAAAAAUCCAGCAGGUUUUUUCCCAGAGCAAGAUGGGAUAAAAUGACUGUUGUGGAUAUUGGGGGACUUAAACUGGAUCUUAAGGUAAAAAGGGUUACAGCCAAUCAGGGAGAAAGAGGAAGUAGGUUGCAAUGGAGAGAGAAAGGUAGUCAAGAAAUGAUUCCAGAAGGAUGAGUCUGGAGGAAAGGUGCAACCAUCUUAAAAGGGUUCUGAAUACUUAGGGAGUUUGGAUUUAAUUCUCUAGCCAAGAGGAAAGAUGAGAAGAGUAGCAUGAUCAGAACUAGGCUUUAUAAGUAUGAAUAAGAACUGUGAAUAAUGUGCAAGAAUAAAUAAACAGGAAACCAUGAAAUUUGUGGUUAAACAAAAAUGAGGUAGAAAAUGGCUUAGUUGGAUUAUGAUAGAACAAAUGGAAAGGCAGGAACAUUUUGAAGGAAGAAUUAGAUUGUUGAUUUGAUAGGAGGGGUGGAACAGAAUGAGAAAUUAAUACUGACUCACUCAAAUAUUCAAAUAUUGGUAACUGGGAAAAUAACGUACCAUAAAUAGAAGCAGGGAUCUUAUACAUAAAAAGCAAGCUAAUUAGUGUAGAGGGAAGACUAGCUUAGUAUGUUAAGUUUAAGAUGAUGUCCAGAUAUUCUUUUUCCCCCUCACUCAAUAAUAGGUUUUUUUCAUUGAUUUUAGAGAGAGAAACAUCUAUUGGUUUGCCUUCGGUAGGCACCCCAGCCUGACUGAACCUGCAACCAAGACCUCUUCAGAGUCUUCCUGAACCUACUCCCAUUUCUAAAGGCAGGACACUGGACUUGAUCUCUAUGAUCUUUUCUAACAUUCAAAUUCUAAGGAAAAAAUCAUUAAAAAAUUUAAGAGAUCUUGUUGCCAAACCACAGAAGAGUGGAGAAGAUUGCAUCAGCUGACUGUGCAGUGGUUGGGAGGUGUCUUGAAGGAGACCCACGGUCAGCCUCCACCCCAAGACCUGGUGAGGUAGUUGAGGCAAUCAUCAUGACUAGAUUGAGGGGUUCAGAGAUCAAUUUAUUGCAUGCUUAUUUCUCCCAGAAGUGUUUAAAUCGGUCAUGCUACUUAAGUGUGUUUUGCUUAAGUGUAAUGUAUUUUGCUUUAAAAUGUCGGUUCCAUUUUUCAUAUGAUCCAAACUAAAUCUUAAUCAUUAAUAGUGUCUUUCAGAAUUUGCCCACUUUUCUGGUAUAACUAGUGGCAAUGGCUGGGAAUAAAGGAAGAGGACGGGCUGCUUAUACCUUCAAUAUUGAGGCAGUUGGAUUUAACAGAGGUGAAAAGUUACCUGAUGUAGUAUUGAAACCACCCCCGCUAUUCCCUGAUACCGAUUAUAAACCAGUGCCACUGAAAACAGGAGAGGGUGAAGAUUAUAUGCUGGCCUUGAAACAAGAGUUGAGAGAAACUGUGAAAAGAAUGCCUUAUUUUAUAGAAACACCUGAAGAAAAAGAAGAUAUUGAAAGGUAUAGUAAAAGAUACAUGAAGGUGUACAAGGAAGAGUGGAUACCAGAUUGGAGGAGACUCCCAAGAGAAAUGAUGCCAAAGAAAAAAUACAAAAAAGCAGGUUCAAAAUCCAAAAAGGUAGACAAUACCAGCAAAGACACUUCACUCACUAAUACUGCAGAUGUAUUGAAAAAAAUUGAGGAAUUGGAAAAGAGAGGUGAUGGUGAAAAAUCAGAUGAGGAAAAUGAAGAGAAAGAAGGAAGCAAAGAGAAAAAUAAAGAAGGUAAUGAAGAUGAGGAAGAUGAUGCUGCAGAACAAGAGGAAUAUGACGAAGAAGAGCAUGAAGAGGAAAAUGACUACAUUAAUUCCUACUUCGACAAUGGAGAAGAUUUUGGCAUAGACAGUGAUGACAACAUGGAUGAAGCAACCUAUUAGCUAUAAAAUUUCUCAAAAAAUAUUUUUAUGAUACAGCUUCUGAACAUUGGGACAGACUUAUUUCCUAUUUUAUUUCUGAUGAGGAAUGAGUAAGUAUUUUAUUUUUGUUUCCGUUUUGUUGGACAAUAUUUGUUACCAAAACAUUCAGAAACACUUUGAGUUUACAUACUAGUUACUUUACCAAUAAGUCUCUGACACUCUGACAUUCCUUCUUAACACUUCUUUAUCCCACUUAAGUAUUCAAAUGACAAUUUCAUUUUUGGUAUUAUUUGUAUUAGAAUGUGCAUCUUUUAAUCUGUGUUUAUACUUGAACAAAUUAUUCUUAACUGCUGACCUCAUCAUAAUAGAUUUCUAUAAUCUGAAAGUUGAUAAUACUGCACAUGGAGCACUUUAAAAACAAAGAAACUUGAAAAUAAUUUUACUUUUUAUCUUUCCAUGGUAUCUUCUAUGCUACUAUAUUAUGACUACAUAAACCUACCUAAGCUCUUACAAGUGCAUAUAAGGAGUUUAGUGAUCAAAAAUAUAUACAAGGGAAAAAGCCAAUCGGAGCUGUAUAAACUUCACAGCUUACAUCUCAGUCAGUAUAAAGACUUGGAGUGAAUAUUAAAAAUACUUGAAUUUGGGGUUAUCUUCAUAUUAUGCAAUAUAUGAGUUCAUCAUCUCACUGUAAUAAGUUUUAUGUUUUGAAUAGUUGAGCUUAUAAAAAAUUAGCCAGACAUCUUAUUUAAGUUUGUACUUUACAAAAGUGGUAAGUUCUAGUCAUGUAUAUCAUCUCACUGUAGAAUGCAUGUGUGAGAGCUGUGAGAUAUAAUGGCCUCUUCUAUUUCAAAGGACCCAUUGCUAUCUAAUUGAUUUAUGUAACAGUGCAGAAUAAAACUCAGGUCACUUUGGAAUUAAGAUUAAUCUUUUUUUGUUUCAAUUAAAAACUAGCUCCCCUGAUGUUUUAUAUUGGGAGUGUGGGGGGAUACCUAAAAACCUUAUUAGCCUUAAACAUUCACAAAUGCCAAAGAUUUUGAAGGGAAUUCAUAUUAUGUACUUCAAAAAUAACUUAUUAAUAUUACCGACCAAAGUCCUGUCUGGGUAGCUUAUCCCUAUACAUCAAGGUCGUGGGUUUGAUCGAUGAUGCUCAGGGUGCAUAGAAGAGUUAACCAGUGAAUGCAUGAAGAGGUGGAAAAACAAAUUGCUGUUUCUCUCUUUCCCUACCCCCUUCCAAAUCAAUAAAUAAAAAAUAUUAUCUACCAAAAGAAAUAAACUUAUUUUUCCCUUUGGGCAAGAUAUCACCCAUUACUCUCUAACCUGUGGAUCAGAGCCCUAGACUCUAUUUCUAUCUUUACAAUUAAUAAACUCAGUCUUGAAAUUGAGCUUGGUUUUCUGUGCCUUAGUUUCUUCACUUGUGAAAAUUUUUUAUAACAACUGCUUAAAGACCAACCACAAUUGACCAUAUGCAUUCAUCAUCUUAGCAUAUAGAAAGUCAAUUGUUCAUUUAAAUUUAGUCUGGCCAUCUAAAAAAUUGUAGCUUAUAAAGUGGUUGAAAAUCCUGUUUUGAGAAACAAACAUAUGUUCCUCACAAAAUACGUUGUGAUCUGAUUUUCCCAUCUUGUAUUCUGGUGGGGAAAUUUUAUAUAUGUAACAUAGCUUCCUCAGGAAAAAGAUCACUUUCAAAUGUAAUACUUCCUCAGAUAAUUGAAGAUGGGUGUGAGGACCAUUGUUAGUUCAGUGCUUUUGAUCAAAUGUGAAUUAGUUUAAAGGAGCUUAUAAAAAUUUUUAAAGAUUCUAAAUAGAAAAUGAAUAUAAAAUAAGUCUACUUUAA